AUGGCAGGUGGUGAUGAGGCUUUGGAGCAGAGUGUUGGGGGCACAGCCAGGGCAGCGCGCGUAAGCGGGCAGCAAGGAGUGCAGUGCUGCAGGGGGCGGCCGUCCUCCUCUACCUCUCCCUUCCUCCCUUCCUCCAUCUCUUUGCCUCACUACCCUCUUUACCCUCUCUGUUGCCCGUCCUCCCUUCCUCCCGUCCUCCCUUCCUCCCGUCCUCCCUUCAUCUCAUCCGCCCAUCAUCUCAUCCCCCCAUCAUCUCAUCCCCCCAUCAUCUCAUCCGCCCAUCAUCUCAUCCCCCCAUCAUCUCAUCCCCCCAUCAUCUCAUCCCCCCAUCAUCUCAUCCCCCCAUCAUCACAUCCCCCCAUCAUCUCAUCCGCCCAUCAUCUCAUCCCCCCAUCAUCUCAUCCGCCCAUCAUCUCAUCCCCCCAUCAUCUCAUCCCCCCAUCUUCUCAUCCCCCCAUCAUCUCAUCCGCCCAUCAUCUCAUCCGCCCAUCAUCUCAUCCCCCCAUCAUCUCAUCCCCCCAUCAUCUCAUCCCCCCUUCAUCUCAUCCCCCCAUCAUCUCAUCCGCCCAUCAUCUCAUCCCCCCAUCAUCUCAUCCGCCCACCAUCUCAUCCGCCCUUCCUCUGUGUCUCCCUUGCUCAUUUUCUGCCUCCGUGCAUUCUUUGUUCCCCACCGUGCAUCAGAGUUUGUGGUUCGUGUCUAUGCAGGUCUGCCAUGCAUCCAGUCGUGAUGAGUAUAGGGUUUGA